CCUCCUCGCGCCCCGCUUGGGCCGUUGCUGCGCCGCCUGGAUCGUUGCAAGCAACCGGGGCCGAAGCGGGUCCCGGGCGGGGCCUGACCCGGGUUUAGCCCGAGCCCUGCCGCUGCAUCGAAGCCUGGUUUCUGCAACCGCUCUGGCUCCGCCCGCCAAAGGGCCAUGGCCGAAGUGCACGUCAUUGGCCAGAUCGUGGGAGCCAGUGGAUUCCCCAGCAGUUCCUUGUUUUGCAAAUGGGGGAUCCACACAGGUGGAGCCUGGAAGCUGCUCUCGGGGCUUCGUGAGGGGCAAACACAGGUCGACCAUCCGCAGUUAGGUGACGUGGCUUAUUGGUGCCACCCCAUCGAUGUCCACUUUGCCACCAAAGGCUUGCAAGGUUGGCCCAAGCUCCACGUCCAGGUGUGGCACCAGGAUGCUUUUGGGCGCACCGAACUGUACGGCUACGGCUUCUGCCACGUGCCCUCCAGCCCCGGCUUCCACCAGCUGGACUGCGUCACCUGGCGCCCGCUGGGAUCUUGGCAGGAGCAGCUGUCCCAGUGUUUUGUGGGAGGGGGCCCGCAGCUCAUCAGCAGCGACCUGAUCUACACGGGGGCCGACCGCUACCGCCUGCAGACCAGCGCCAUGGGCACCGUGCACUUCCAGCUGGCUGUGCUACUCCGUAACUUCGACCGCUAUGGGGUGGAAUGCUGAGAGCCGGGGACGGAGCCCCUUCGCUGGGCUUGGAGGUGGAAGAUUGGGCCGGUGAUGAUCCAGGGCACGGCACGGAGGCAGCACAAACCGCCCCUUUCUUGCUCCAAAUUUCCCCCAAACGCGUUUCUGGCAAGUCCCAGAACAGAUUGAUAACAAAUCCCCAACACAAACCUCAAAGCAGCCUCUGGCUGCAAUUAGCCCAGCACUGUCUGCACCAAGGCUGCACGGCAAGGAACUCCAAAUGUAUUUGGCAAAACAAGAACAGAUCAAGGAGUUCAGGGAGCAAAAGAUCCAGGGAAUCAGUCCAGAACGCCAAACAAAAUGCAAGAACUCCCAACAAACGCCCCUCCCCACAGCAUUUCCUUAAGUUUCAUUCCCCAGGUGUGCCUUGUGAAGGUGGGAGCGGCACACUCCUCCCGAGUAGCCUGCUCCGUCUGCGCUGAUCACGCCUUCUCUGCACUCUCCGGGCUCUCGGAUCAGGAGGAGGUGGUUCUUGCUCCUCGCCUGAGCUCUGCCUCUCCUGUUCAUCCUUACUUCUUCCGGAAAGCCUUUCUUGGACCGACUCUGCCCUUCCCUUCCCCAGUUUCCUCCAAGGCCAACGGAGCUGCCCUUUUCAUCCCUGUCAGAUGUUGUUCCAUCUGGAUGCGGGGGGCAUGACAGGUCUGUGAAUCCCCAAAGUUCAGGAAUCGGAAGGACUUGGGGCGAAAGGGAGGCUGGCCCUCUCCCCCACCUGCUCUGGGAAGGAAGAACACCCCCCCACCCCACCCCGUUUGACCUGCGAGAAUCACAAGCCAUAACUCUGAACUUUGAGCUCUGUUUUUGCAACCCAAGCUGCGAUUCGUUGUUGGGCCCCGGGCUCGUUUUUCUAGUUCCUGAUUUCCCUUCCGAGGGGCAGUUUUCAACUUUGGUGAUGGUGCUUCUUUCAAUCCCAUUUGAUUCAGUUUUCUUGCAUGGAGUUUUUGGGCGCUUGUUCUUCUGUUUUCUCAAGGAGGAAAAAAUAUAUAUAUAUCUAUUUUCUCAUGAACUUUUAA